UUUCCAUUUUCAACCCCGGCAGAGGCGUAGCAUUCAGAUACUGAAUGCUUCCCAGUCGCAUUGACGGUAUCCAGAGAGAUGGAUGUCUCUCCAGAGUUGGCGUAAUGGAUUGAACGUAUUCUCACACAGACGCGAUGUGUGCGGCGCAGGCUGUGUUGGCUUUUGGCCCAUUGAGGUGAGGUCAUUUGACCUUGUAACCUAAGAUUUUGGCCGGCAAUGAUCGGUUCUACGGUCCUCGGUACCCCGCGGAUGUUCAAGGCUUUGGAGAGAGUUGGAGAACCUGUCUCCAAUUGACUUUUCCACCGCGCGCCUCUUAUGUCUACCAUUGUUGCAGCUGGUUGUCUUCACCUGGUGCUGGAAUUGUUUCGUACACGCUACCUCUUCUUUCCACCAUGAGAGUUCACGCCGUUGCACGGAAUGUUUUCAAAGCCCAGAGACGGGCCUUCUCGGCUUCGCCGAAACGGUUGGAGAGGUAUGGUUUCGUUGGGUUGGGCCAAAUGGGGUACCAGAUGGCCAAGAAUUUACAGGCGAAACUCCCGCCGAGUGAUUCGGUCAGGUUGUUCGAUAUCAACGGCGAUGCGGUGAAACGCCUAGCUGAAGAGAUGCGGACGUCUCAGACUGGUGGUGCUACAGUUGAACUCGCGCAUGAUGUGAAUGAUGCUGCAAAGGAAUCGGAUAUAGUAAUUACGGUGUUACCUGAGCCGGCACAUGUAAAGGGAGUGUAUCGAGAGAUAUUAUCCCCGGAUUUACCGAAGAAGGAUAGGAUAUAUAUCGAUUGCUCCACUAUUGACCCCUCGUCGUCUCGAGAGGUUGCGAGCUGGGUUGCCGAUGCAAAUCAAGGCCAGUUCGUUGAUGCUCCCAUGUCGGGUGGCGUAGUAGGCGCUGCAGCAGGUACCCUGACCUUCAUGCUGGGUGCUCCCGAUACUCUAGUACCAAAGCUAGAACUGAUAUUGCUACGGAUGGGCAAACGAGUAUUGCACUGCGGCGUGCAAGGCAAUGGGCUCAGCGCCAAGUUAGCCAAUAAUUAUUUGCUUGCCAUCAACAAUAUCGCAACAGCAGAAGCGAUGAACCUAGGCAUCCGAUGGGGUCUCGAUCCUAAGACGUUAGCCAAUAUCAUCAAUGUUAGCACUGGUAAAUGCUGGCCAAGCGAAGUCAAUAAUCCGGUAAAAGGAGUUGUUGAAGGUGCACCAGCUAGCCGUGAUUAUUCUGGCGGGUUUGGUAUUAGUCUAAUGAAGAAGGAUUUGAAGCUUGCCAUUGUAGCUGCAAAUGAAGCCAAUGCAAAGUUAGAACUUGGCGAUCGAGCAAGACAAGUCUACGAAGAAGCUGAAAAGGUAGAAACAUGUAAGGGCAGAGACUUCUCUGUCAUAUAUAGAUUCUUGGGCGGCAAGGAAUAAGAUCUAAUUUGAACAUGUCACCGAA